UGCCCAGCGGGAAGAUGGAGUGACCCAGCGGGAAGAUGAAGUUGCCCAGUGGGAAGAUGGAGUUGCCCAGUGGGAAGAUGAAGCUGCCCAGCGGGAAGAUGGAGUGGCCCAGUGGGAACAUGGCUCAGCGGGAAGAUGGUAUGACCCAGCGGGAAGAUGGAGUGGCCCAGUGGGAACAUGGCUCAGCGGGAAGAUGGUAUGACCCAGCAGGAAGUUGGAGUUGCCCAGCGGGAAGAUGGAGUUGCCCAGCGGGAAGAACGGGUUGCCCAGCAGGAAGACGGAGUGACCCAGCGGGAAGAUGGAGUGGCCCAGCCGGAAGAUGGAGUGGCCCAGUGAGAAGAUGGUGUGGCCCAGCGAGAAGAUGGGGUUUCCCAGUGGGAAGAUGCGGUGGUCCAGCAGGAAGACGGUGUAGCCCAGCGCCCAGGACAGCUCCGCUGGGCCUGAGCUCGGCGCUCUGUGCCCUGCUGGCUCCUGUGGCUGUGGCAUCACUGCCCAAAGCUGCUGCCUCCCCAGCCCAGUGCUGGGUUGACAGUACCAACAGGAAGACAGCUGGCAAAAGAGAGCCUGAGGGAUGCUGGAGCCGUGAACUAGAAGGAGCUCACCUCCCAGAAAACUUUGCAGAUCAGAGCUCAAAUUCUUGCCUUGGAUUGUGUACCUCCACAUUUUUAGGUGAGAAGACUAAGUAUAACCUAAUAAAUAAUUCUGGUGAAGAUAAAUCAAGAGGAACUUGGCUUGCCCUUCAUGAAAGAAGCUAAGUGGAUUUAAAUUAGUUUCCUGAGAGUGAGGGUUGUUAAACACAAAAUGAGUGGUUAAAAAAAUAGGGAAAACCUUUACUGACAAAUGCGUUCAGACAUUAUGAUAAUGUUUCAGGCAAAAGCUUGAAAUCCUUCCUCCUACAACAGAGUAUAUGCAAUCAAGUAUUUUCAUGAAAAUUUUAGUAAGGCGUAUCUCAUUUUAGCCUAACGGAAUAGCUUUUAAAAAAAUAUCUACCAACUUAUUUCUUUUCCUAACUUUUGAUUCACUAUAUACUUUAAAAACAUUUAAAGUUAUGUUGACUAAAAAUUAAAGUAACAGAUCUUAGAUGUUAAAUUUGUAGAAACUAGUCUCCAAAUUAGUUUCAGGCACAGAUAAAAGUUAUAUUUUGCCAUUAAAAUGUGGGUAUUAAAAUAACCAGUUGUCUUGUGAAUUAUGAAGGUCAAAAACUUUUGCAAGCUUCUGCCGCAACCACAGAGAUGCACAGAUAAAUGAAGAGAGAACAAAGCCUUGCUUUAAAACCGUUGGAUUUAAAUUCUGGAUUGGAAUUAAUGACCACAUCAGGGAAUUGGGAUUGUUUCUUCAGAGAGGAAAUCUACAAUAAAGGCCAUCAUUUCUAAAGUAUCUUCACUAAAAUUUCUAUAGCAAAUAUGUGAAUUUGGGUGAUUAGACAAAACUAAAUAUAUUGUACUUAAUAUUUACAAAUAUAUAAUGGAUAUUAAUAUUGUUAUAGACACCUUGUAAUGCAGGCAUUUGUAUAAUAUGGAAAUGGGAGAAAGCCUAAGUUUAAAAUAAGGAGAGCUAUUGGUACUAGGGAGAUAAGCGUGAUACUGUGACAAGAAGAAAGAAGAUAGAGAAGAAGGCUUAUUUCACUCAAAUAUUUUUGGAAUUUGGAACACGUGAACAUUUCUACACAGGCAAGGGACAUUUGCUUUUUCUUGUGUCUUACAUUUUUCUAUACAUAUUCUGAUUGAUGUGCCAUAAUGAGAACCCAGAUACUGAAUGAGACGACUUUCUAAUGAUACUGAAGGAUUCUUAUCCAACUAAAUUCAACAUUGAGUACACUGCUCAGACAAUGCAGAGUGAUAGGAAGAGGAGCCGUUCUCUCAGAAGCACUUCUCCAGGACCUCAGACUUCUCCAUAGGUGGGGCUGAUAACAAGGCUAUGUGUAUCAAUGUGACUAACUUUUGCAUGAUAGCAGUAGGGGAUUCUAAAAAGGCAAAAAAAGCCUUCUGAUUUUAUCUCAUAACAAACACUUCCAAAUCUUUUGUGAUGUCAUUUAUUUAAAGUAUGGAAAGAUUCCUUUAGGUAUAUAUGAUGCUUUAGGGAAUAAAUUACCCUUUUAAAAUCCAAUUCAUGACGCAAAUGUGUUGAACUGAAUGUUUUCUAAAAAUUUCAAAAGAAAAUGUAUUUUAGAUUCUGCUGUCAAUAAUCAGGUAGUAUGCAUAUUUUGUGUAGUUGAUAAUUCUUUUCUAUGGUGCUAUCUAAUCAUGCUAUCAUAUGAUUCAUAGAUAAUUUAUAAUUCUUUAAGUAUGUGACUUCAUUUUUGGAAAAGAGAAAGAGAACUAAGUAAAUGUAUCUUCUUCAUUUACCUUUCAGGAAGGGCCUGAAGAACACUAAGUCUGUGUUU